GACUCGAAGUCUUGUUGCCUGAGCGUGUGUAGUCCGUGUGUGUGUGCACGUGUGUGCACGUGUGCGUGAGGUGUCUGAUAUUGUGUUGUAGUCUGUACCAGCGGCGAAGCAGGGGGUGCGCGCGGUGCAGCGGCGGGGAAGGCAGCAUCAGAGGCGGCGACAGGCUGUUGGGAUGUUGUGUCUGAGCUGCCGAUGAGGUUGUUCGGACCACAAGCUAUGAUGCAGUGACAGCCUACAAGAAGACACACGCACGCGCGCACACAUACUGAAGGAGAGGAGGGGAGGAGGAGCAGCACAGAAAUACGCACGGGGAAUGAUCCGCUUCUAGACCAUGGCACCGUCGGGCUCGCGUAGUGUCAAGUGGAGGUGUUGGAGAGUUUUGUACUGGAUCCCGGUCCUGUUCAUUGCUCUCAUAGUGGCUUGGUCCUACUACGCCUAUGUCUUCCAGCUUUGCAUAGAGUCCAUUGAGGACACAGGACAAAAGGUCGUCUACUUGCUGGUGUACCAUGUCCUCUUUAUCAUGUUUGUGUGGGCGUACUGGCAAACCAUCUUCACCAAGCCUAUGAACCCCCUGAAGGAGUUUCACCUGUCCCACUCUGACAAGGAGCUCCUGGAGCGUGAAGAUCGGGGAGAGUCUCAGCAGGAGAUCUUGAGGAGGAUAGCCAAGGAUCUGCCUAUCUACUCCCGCACCAACUCUGGAGCAAUCCGUUUCUGCGACCGCUGCCAGCUGCUGAAGCCUGAUCGAUGUCACCAUUGUUCAGCCUGUGAUAAAUGCAUCCUGAAGAUGGAUCACCACUGCCCCUGGGUGAACAACUGUGUGGGAUUCUCCAACUACAAGUUCUUCAUGCUGUUCCUGGCGUACUCGCUACUUUACUGCCUUUUUAUAACUGCUACGGAUCUUCAGUACUUUAUUAAGUUUUGGACAAAAGGCCUCCCAGACACUCAGGCGAAGUUCCACAUCCUCUUCCUCUUCUUCUCAGCCUCCAUGUUUUCUGUCAGCCUGGCCGCACUUUUCAUCUACCACUGCUGGCUCGUCUGCAAGAACAGAUCCACGCUUGAGGCGGUGCGCGCUCCAGUGUUUCGUCACGGCCAGGACAAGAACGGUUUCAGCCUGGGUUUCAGUAAGAACUUCCGCCAGGUCUUUGGUGAUGAAGUUAAAUACUGGCCUCUUCCCAUUUUCUCCAGUUCAGGUGAUGGCUGCUCGUUCCCGACCUGCCUGGUGAAUCUGGACCCUGAGCAGCCCUCAUCGCCCACUGGUUCCAGCUCUGCCAGCAAGAUUGCAGCAGAGAGCCGCCAGUUUCCCUCCAAACCGCUCAGAGAGAGUCAGAGUCGACUGCUCACCAGUACCCCCUCCUGGUCAGACAGUGAAGGUGCAACAGACAAAGACAGAAAGGGUGCUAGUAACCCUGUGAUGACCAUAGAGAAUGAGGCGUAACCACGGUUACAGUUGGCAUCUUCAAACCAGAAAAGUUGGUGCUGCCCCCCCCUUUCGUGUUUGUGCCUAUCAGAGCGUGACGUGAUGAUGGUGGUGGUGACAUCCUUGUUGUUUCCCAUGAUGCAUUCUGCUCCCAAGACCUUCACGUGACUUGCAAAGAGACCAGAGACACUGAUGAUUCUCGUCUUCAGUGAUUGCUGCUGCUGUUAAGUUGCUUUUGGUUCUGAGAGUCCACUUGGUUGAAUUUAAAAUCGCAUUCCAGUGAUCUGAUUAUUUGUAUGUAAAAAAGCACAGAGCUGCAGUGGAGCAGUAAACCUGUUUGUAUUUAGUUUCUUUCAUCGCUCUGAGCUGCUGUUAUAGGACAGUUAAAUCAGAAUGCCUGCUGGUUUAUUAGUUUCAUGUUGUUUCACCAGCUUGAGUCAUUAAGUAAAUGCUGUUUGCCAAAUGUUUGCACACUGAUUAUAGACAAGUAGAGGUGUUACUGUGCUGUAACCAACAUUCCUUUUAGUAGUUCUUUUGUUUGUAUUUAGAGGUGGAGGGGGCAGGAUUUUCCACUCACCGUUUUGAUUGUUGUGUAAGCUUAAGUGAUGCAUGCUCUCAUCUCAGGAUGUCUACACAAACACUUUGUUGUAAUGAAAAAAAAAACUGUAGUUAUUAGUAAUUACCUUCAAUAAGGGCUCUUCUGACUAAAUAAUUGCAUGAGUGAGGAUGUUACUGUCACUCAAAACACCUGUGGUGCUCCGUGCUGCAACAAUGUGCACCACCCUCCUGCCAAAUAUGUGAACUGCUGUCUGGUUGCAUCCAGUUUACAUUCAAACUGCUGGCCAGAAGCUUCCUGACUGUUUCUCUCCUGGAGGGUCGGGGCCUGCUAGCUGUCUGCAAAAACAAAACAAAGAAGAAAAAAAAGCUUCCGAGUUGAUGCUGCUGCAGAUCUGUCUGCCAUCAAUAAGCAGAUCGUAUCGGGUGUUUCUGUCUCACAACUUGAUGCUGUUGCUGUAGUCCAGAAUUUUUAAAUAGAAAGAUGUGUCUGCUGCAGCUGCUUCGUACAGUCCAUGUCCUCCUCCUGAGGAUUCUCGGUCUGUAAAUGAUUAAACCAUCACAAUUACUUUGAAGAAUGUAUGCCUGUUUAAAAAAGCUUUGUGGUGACAUAUAUUUUUCUAUCCUUCUGACUUAUACAACAUGUAUGUGUGUGGCAGUGUAAUGUACAGCUGUGAUGCCUUAUAAAGAAUAAA